AUGUUAAAAUUUAUUUUACCUUUGAUUUUAUUGAUAAAGUUUAAUAAAGAAUGAAAGGUAUCUCAAGUAGGUUUGUUUUUUUUAAGGUUCUUAAUUAGAGUAAAUUGCUAUCAUAAUUUUUUUUUAUUUAAUAGGGGGUUUAGAUUAGGUAUAGAUUAUAUUAGAUAUAUUAUAAUUCUAUUAAGGGUUUGAAUUGUUUCAUUAAUUUUAAUUUCUAGACAGAAAAUUAAAAAUUUAAAUAAUUUUAGAAGAAGUUUUAUUUCUACAAAUAUUUUUUUAUUAUUAUUUUUAAUAUUAACUUUUUCUUCUAUAGAUUAUUUAAUGUUUUAUAUUAGAUUUGAGGCUUCUUUAAUUCCUACUUUAAUUUUAAUUUUAGGAUGAGGAUAUCAACCAGAGCGUAUUCAAGCAGGGAUUUAUAUACUUUUUUAUACUUUAGCUUUUUCGUUACCGUUAUUGGUUUCUUUAUUAAUUUAUUAUUUUUUAACUGGGAGUUUGGUAAUUAGGUUAGGAGUUCCUUUAGAGGGGGAAAAUUAUUUGUAUAAGUUUUGGUAUAUAAGAACUGUAUUAGCAUUUUUAGUUAAAUUACCUAUGUUUAUAUUUCAUUUAUGAUUACCAAAAGCCCAUGUUGAGGCACCUAUUGCCGGGUCAAUAAUUUUGGCUGGGGUUUUAUUAAAAUUAGGAGGAUAUGGUUUGAUUCGGGUUCUUAUUAUAUUUCAGGAAAUAAAUAAAAGAUUUUGUUGAUUUUGAGUAAGUUUAGGUAUUGUAGGUGGAGUUUAUAUUAGGUUAAUAUGUAUACGGCAAGUUGAUAUGAAAUCUUUAAUUGCCUAUUCUUCUGUUGUUCAUAUAAGAUUAGUUUUAUGUGGUAUUAUAAUUUUUAGUUUAUGGGGAUUAGCUGGGAGUGUUAUUUUGAUAGUUGGUCAUGGUUUAUGUUCUUCUGGCUUAUUUUGCUUAGCUAAUAUAGUUUAUGAACGAACAGGAAGACGAAGGUUAAUAGUAAAUAAGGGAUUAUUAGCAUUUAUACCAAGAAUAGGUUUAUGGUGAUUUUUAUUAAGAGUAAGAAAUAUAGCAAGACCUCCUUCCCUAAACUUAAUAGGGGAAAUUAUAUUAAUUUUAACAGUUUUAAGAUGAAGAAAAAUUUCUAUUUUGGGUAUUAGUUUAUUGUCUUUUUUUAGAGCGGCUUACACUUUAUAUAUAUAUAGGUUAAGACAACAUGGGAUUUUUUAUAAUUCUUUAUAUUCCUGUUGUUCAGGAAAAGUUAGUGAAUAUUUAAGAUUAUUUUUACAUUGGUUACCUCUAAAUGCAAUGAUUAUAAAUAGAACUUUAUUAAUAAUUUAA